AAAAGAUUUUAAGUGGAUCUAAAUUGAAGCGCCAUAGAUUUGAAUUUCAACUUCUCAUCAACAAAUUAUUAAAUACUGUUCGUGAUUGGGAGUGUUCGAAUCAUUAUAAUUAUUAUACAGCGCUGCGGUUCCAAAUUAGUUUCAACUCAACUCCCGAAUCUGGCGUUGAGAAGGAAGCUUCCACGAAAGACCACAACCCGAACAAGUAUUGUUUAAUCCUUUCUGUCAAUCAUACGGCAAUUAUAUAUUACAGAAAAUUCCACGCUGGUGUUGAGUUUUCUCUGUGAUUUCAUGUUUUGUAACCUACGUGGUUGAUUGGUUGGUUGGUUGGUUGUUGAAUGGCCUUUGACAGGGCCGUGAAGGGAUUUCCAAUCUGCGAUUCUGAUUGUUCCAUUGAUUCAUGUCUCCCGCGUUUUAAAAUGGUUCUGAAAUCUUGCUUUCUUCAAGACAAAGAACAAAUACAUGGAGCUUGCUGGUGCGGAGCCUGUUGCUAAUGGCGAAUUGGAUGAAUUGGCGAGGGAACCUUCAGCGCGCCUGCUUUUGCGAGAGGCUGGUCUAUCCCGUACACGUUUUCCGGGAAUGGUGAGGAAGAGAGCUUACAUAUUUGAUGGGAAUGGCGACUACUAUAACAAGGAAUGGGAUCUUACUGAGGGUAGGGGAAAGGAGUUUUGUUGGUAUCAUGUAGAACUUCCAAAAGGAAAUCAAAAACUGGCACAAUCUGCUCAAUAUCUCAUUGAUGUUCUUUGCCCACCUUUGAAACUUCAAGAUAUUCUCUCCCUUGUAAGCAAUGGACCCUUUUGCGGACAUGUUGAUGGGGCUCUUGUCUUUAGAGUCAAUUCUCCUGGUCCUGCAUCUAGUGAUUUUACAUUCAGAAUUGCUGCUAGAAUUACUGAGAAUUCUGUCAUCACCGUGUCUUUGGGACGUGUUCCGAGAUUAGGAUUCUCACCGGUUGGUCAGUCUCUUCUCUCGGAGGUUCCUAGUGUGGAGACACCCUCUAACUUUAGAGGUGAGCAGAGAGAAACUGGAGGCAUUGUGAUUAGGGAGCAUGUUCUUGAAUUCUUGUUGACAAUGAAUCACUCGGAGGAGGCUGAUAAUCCUGUGCCAUCAUCCCUCUCAAAUCUUGUUGUUCAUAUUAUUGAUACACAUAUGGAUCAUCUUCAAGACGUUGUGACUAAGCUUGAGAUUGAGUUGGAUUCUGUGGAGCUUGAAAUGGAUAAAGGUGGAUUCGCCUUAAAAAAACAAAUGCUUGAUGAUCGACGAUUCCCCAAAAUGAACCUUAAUUUGCAGCGGCUCCUGCAGGUGAUUGCACAUGGGGAACAAGUCUUUCCACGAGUGAGAGAAAAGUGUUCUUCUAAACAAUGGUUUGCCAGUGAAGACAUCAGUGCACUUGAGGAACUAAUUGGACGAUUAAGACGGUUGAAAGAGAAUGUGGGAUUUAUAGCAAAUCGAGUCACUGCUAUUCAAGCUGGUCUUGAUAGCUGGCAAGCCGAGCAAAUUAACAGGAAACUCUAUUAUCUAUCAUUUCUUUCAAUCAUAUUCUUACCGUUAUCCGUCAUUACUGGAGUAUUUGGCAUGAAUGUUGGUGGAGUACCAUGGACCGAGCAGAGAAAUCCAGAAUUGAAAGAGGGAUUUCGCAACGUUAUGCUUCUCUGCGUCGUAAUGCUACUACUGGUGUUGCUCUGCUUCAGUUUCCCUGCUCUUUAUACCUACUUAGCGACGUGGAAUCGACGUAGAAAGAUGAGAAAGAGCUGGUCUCUCAACAGAAAGUCUUUUCUGAAAAGAACUGUGAGAAAUGGAGUUGAAGACAGGGGAGGAGGCUAUCUUCGGAUUUGAUGAUGUUUGUUCCAACUAUCAGACAAUAGCACUUUCACAAACCCAGCACCUCGGUCUUGAUCUCGAUCUUAGAUUUGUAAGUUAAACCCUUUAACUACCAACGCCUGUCAAAUUCCGAUUAGUCCAUAACUAAUGACAUAUCGUACAUUCCUACUGUAUCAUCCUCCCUUAGCUCGGGAGACUUGAAAGAAUUUGAUUGCAGUUUGUGUCAGGUGAAUGAGGUUAGCCAGUUUUAACCUAACAGUUUUUUUUUCCCUUCAUAUUUGUAAGUUUUUUACAUGUACAGUUUCUUUUAUUCUUUUCUUCUUUUCUUCUUUUUUUGUCCCUUUCCUCAGAGAUUUGUAUUCACAUUGUUAUGCAUUGUUGAUUUUUGGCAGCAUCAAUGCUUUGAUCAGGCCCUCGUCCACCUAGAUUGCUGUACUUGUUAACAUUUACCAAUGAUAUAUUGCAACUCUUAACAAUAUUUUUUUUUGUCGUGGGAUGAAGAAUAUUUGUUGUGGCU